AUGCUGGCAAGAGCCAAAUCUCAGUCGAGGAGAAGUCCGCGGCGCAGGGCAGAGGAGUACAUGGCAUCAUUGGCUUUGGAGAAGCAGCAAAUCGAAGCGGAUUUGGAGGAGGAGGAAGCUGGACCUGGGCCCAUUGGAGACUUGGAUACCUGUGUGGCCUCUGUACGAGAAGCUGGCGGGGAUAUGAAUUGGGUGCUCCUAGGAAUGAAGAAACCAGAAACAGAAGUAAAGGCAGCUGCAGAAGACAAGAAAAAAGACGAGGACAGGCUGGCCAAAGAAGCAGCAGCCGCUGUCAAAGCAGAAGACGACAGACUGGCCAAAGAAGCAGCUGCUGCUGAAGCCAAAAAAGCGGAAGACGACAGACUGGCCAAAGAAGCAGAAAACGACAGACUGGCCAAAGAAGCAGCUGCUGCUGAAGCCAAAAAAGCAGAAGACGACAGACUGGCCAAAGAAGCAGCUGCUGCUGAAGCCAAAAAAGCAGAGAACGACAGACUGGCCAAAGAAGCAGCUGCUGCUGAAGCCAAAAAAGCAGAAGACGACAGACUGGCCAAAGAAGCAGCUGCUGCUGAAGCCAAAAAAGCAGAAGACGACGGACUGGCCAAAGAAGCAGCUGCUGCUGAAGCCAAAAAAGCGGAAGACGACAGACUGGCCAAAGAAGCAGCUGCUGCUGAAGCCAAAAAAGCAGAAGAUGACAGACUGGCCAAAGAAGCAGCUGCUGCUGAAGCCAAAAAAGCAGAAGACGACAGACUGGCCAAAGAAGCAGCUGCUGCUGAAGCCAAAAAAGCAGAGAACGACAGACUGGCCAAAGAAGCAGCUGCUGCUGAAGCCAAAAAAGCAGAAGAACGACAGACUGGCCAAAGAAGCAGCUGCUGCUGA